AUGGCAGCAAAGGCCUUUUCUGCAGCGGGACACCUAUCGAAGGUACCGCGGAUUGCGGCUGAGAAUGUGCGGCCAGGCUUUGUGCCAUUCGCACAGGAAGAACUGCCAGCCUGCAGCCUCCCGAAAAGUCUGUCGGAGGAGCUGGCGCGCCUCCGCGAUUGGAUGGCGGAUCAUCUGCGUGUUUCAGGUGUGCUGACGGUGGCAGUGGCCAGCUUGAGUACGUUUUGCCUGGGCUACAACACCGGCAUCGUGGCAGGGGCGCAGAAAGGCAUCUCCGAGGACGCCGCCUUUGGUUUGGGGGGCCUGGAGUCCGGUGAGUUGGUCAGUUGCGCGCUGCUGGCGGCAGCCUUCGGCGCCUUCACUGGCCAGGUGGCCAACGUGGUGGGCCGCAGAAGGGCGCUGCUGGGGGCGGCCCUGGUGUUCCUCUGCGCGCCGGUGCUCAUGGCCCUGGCGCCGGGGUUUAAGCUCCUGUUGGCGGCCAGGACCUUGUCCGGCAUGUCCAUCGGUGUCUCCUCUGUGCUCACGAACCUCUACAUCACCGAAGUGAGUCCCGCCUCAUGCAGGGGUCGCCUGGGCGGCUGGGCGCCCUUCAUCGGCACCAGCGGGAUCUUGGUGUCCUACGUCGUGUCCUCCUCACUACAGCCCUUGCCAAUGCAAGCGUGGCGGGUGCAGUUCGGCCUCGGCGCAUUGCCAGCAGCGCUGCAGCUGUUGCUGAGCCGCAACCUGCCGGAGACUCCCAGGUGGCUGCUGUCCCAGCGCCGCAGUGAGGAGGCCAAGGGCUGCCUGCAGCGGCUUUUCCCGGAGGCGGCCGAGAGCGCCCUUGACCAGGAACUAGCACGACUUGAGGCGGACCUGUGCCAAUCGGCGGUGGCGUCCGUGAAUACGCUGGGUCUUUGUCGCAAACAGCACCGAGCUUCGACCAUCGUGGGCGUGUCCAUCAACGUGCUGCAACAGGUCUCUGGCAUCAAUGUCUUCAUCUACUUCGGCCCUCAGAUCCUGGACGACGCGGGAUUCGGGAGCUAUUCCAUGAUCUCCACCACCGUGGUAAGCCUCAUCCAACUCGCGGCUACCGCCGUGCUCAUCAGGUACAUCGACCAGAUCGGCCGGAGGCCGCUGGCCCUUGCCGGCAUCAUCGGUAUGAUGCUCGGUUUGACGCUGAUGGUGACUGGCUCUCUGCUCCGGGGCGCCGGGCUGGUGAUCUCAGUCACAGCCUGGUUCUCCUUGCUGGGCAUGCUCUUUUUUCGGGCUGCCUUCUCUUUAUCGCUGGGCCCGCUGCCCUACGUCAUGACCUCAGAGUUCUUUGCCCAGGAGGCCCGCGCUGCAGGCGUAGGCUUUUGCUGGGCCAUGAACUGGCUAGCGAACUUCGGGGUGUCGCUGUCAUUCCCAGUCCUGGCAGAGGCCAUUCCAGGCUCUGAUGGGCAAGCGCUGAUCUUCGGCAUCUAUAUGUUCUUCUGCGUCGUCGCCUUGGUCUUUGUUCUUCUGCUUCUGCCGGAGACCAACGGUGUCUCCCUAGAGGCUGUCAGACUGCAGAACAGCCACAGCCAGGAGUCCUGCGACAGUGCGAUCUGACUCUCGCUCACUGAGCCCACGGUUUUUGCGUCAAACAUGUGAGAGGCCCUACUGACAGUGUUGGCGACGUGCCGGUUGGGGUAGAUGUCAAUCAGAGCCACGGAAUCAGAGGGUCAGAGCUUGUAGUAGAGGCGGUCGGCUCCGAACCUCUGGUGCAAAGAACCAAGAGGCGGUUGCCAGUUUCUGGUAUAGCUGUGUCUUACGAUAGGAAACGUUUUGUUUCACAACGUCCGAAGAGGGUUCCCAUUCUUGACUC